GACAUCCUGAAUGUCACGAGUCUUCCACCAGGUUUCCUGCACGUCUUUGGCCUUUCUCCCCUCAGAACUUUCCCUCUCCCCAGUAUCUCCUAAAACUGAUGUUUAAUUGAGACAAAGCUUGAGUUACAAAGAAAGCUAUUUCCCUCUGCCCAGCGUGAGUGGGCGGGGCCUCGGGCCGGAAGCGGAAGUGCUGCUGGCCGGUCAUGCGAGUUCCACUCUGGCCAUGGAGGAGUCUCUGUUCAGGGAGCCCGUGCUAGACGCCAAGUCGGAGGUCACCGGCCAGCUUAUAGAUUUUCAGUGGAAACUGGGCAUGGCCGUGAGCUCGGACAGCUGCAGGUCUCUCAAGUAUCCUUACGUGGCAGUGAUGCUGAAGGUGGCAGAUCAUUCUGGCCAAGUAAACAGCAAGUCCAUCGAGAUGACCAUUCCACAGUUUCAGAAUUUCUACAAACAGUUCAAGGAAAUUGCUGCUGUAAUUGAGACUGUGUGAGAACUGAUCCAUGAUCUAAAGUAAUGGGCUCUUCCUUCCACAAGAGGACUGCGUAUGAUCACAGAAUAUUUAUACAGUAAACGUCGUGCUUCUGGGGCUGGAGACAUGACUCAGAGGUUAAGAGCACUGGCUGCUCUUCCAGAGGACCCAGGUUCAAUUCCCAGUACCCACAUGGAAGCUUCCAACUGUCUGUAACUCCAAUUCCAGGGGACCUGACACACAUGCAGGCAAAACACCAAAGCAUAUAGAAUAAAAAUAGUUAAUUAAAAAAGAAUUUCACUUCUAAUUUUUAAAAAUAAGUUUUUAAAAAUCAAAUAAACAUGUAUUUUAGUGGUGACCAAUACUUAGCCUAGUCGGUGAGAUAAAAGUGAUUGUGUUAACCACUAAUGUUUAUAGAUUAUGUAUAAUUAUAGAUGAGUGGUGAUACUGUUAAAUGCAACACAGUUUUCUGUAUUAGGAGAAAAAUUUGAAAUCUUACUGAUAACAGACCUAACUUUAUAAAUAAAAUCUUGUCUGGAUUUUACAUGAAGUUGAGAAAGGAAUAAUCGAUUAAAACUACUUCACAAAUUCAGUUUUAUGACAUGCCUCAUGAAAUAACUAAAGGAAUUAUUGAAAGAAUUAGCGAGAAGAGUGAGACUUCCUUCCUCAGACAUUUGUAAUCAGGUUAAACUAAACCAAUCCUCCGUAUAUUAACUUUGCGUUCAGUUGUGCUGCUGCUGUUUGUGGAAAAUUCAUCACCAGUAAUUUGCUGAGAGCAGCACAAACCAGAGCAUCCCCCAGUAGCAUCUGUACACAUCUCUGCCGUCGUCCAUGCCUGCUAUACAUGAGACUGGUCCAUCUGCAGUUAAUGGUACUGUUGGGAAGAAUUACAACGUGUGACCUUAUUGGAGGAGGUGUGUUACUGAGGGGCUGGGAGGGCUUCAAACACCCAUGCCUGGUCUCUCUACCUGCGUAGUCUCCAGAUCUGAAUAUAAGCUCUCAACCCCA